UAAAAAUUCUAUCCAUCCCUCCCUCCGUCCGUCCAUCCAGGAUCCAGUUACUUCUCACAUCUCUUCUACUGCCUGAGCCAUGCCCCCAUCGUCUCUUGGUUAGACUGGGCAUCAGCCUCCCACAUUGCUUCUUCAUGUGCCCCUCACCGACUGUGUACCAGCCACACCAGCAUCCUGGCUCCCUCUCUGCUUCCCCAGGCUCGCAGCCUUGUGAGGCUUCUCGCUUUCACUUCCACCUCCUCCUCCAUAUAACAUUUCUCCCCAUACUUUCCUGUUCGAAGCUUGUCCCUUUCCUGGCUUUUAUGUAGACUGCCCCUUCUGAGUCCUUCUCUGACCACAUUGUUGAAUUUGCACACAUAGAGGUAGAGACAGAGAUUGUGAUAACUAUCUCCCUCUCCGUAACUCUUUAUUUUUUUCUAAAGCACUUUCAUUUUCUGGCAUGCCACAUAUUUUACUUAUGUAUUUACUGUAGCUGUCUUCCCCAAAAGGGCAGGGAUCUUCCUCCUUUCCACUGCUCAAGGGCAGUGCUUGACGCAUAGUGGGUGCUCACUGGGAGGCAGGAGUAAAAAAUGGGUGAAAUGUAGUUUAAGUGCUUUAGCAGAAACCAAAAUUGUGAGACCUUGACCGAAUUAUCUUAAGCUCUUGUUAAUUGAGGAUGCUGGUGCUGUGCUUAUUUUGGUGAAGGGGACCUGAGCCGGUUCACUGAAGGCAGCACAGUGCCUGCUGGUCCUUGGAAGAAACUUCAUAAAUGAUGAUGAUGAUCAUGAUACCGAUGAUUCUUGUGAGAGGGAAAAGGCAAACAAAGGGAAAUGGUAAAGCAUUAUAGCUCUUUCCAAACAUCUUUUAUUAAAACAUUUGCGUUUUACCGCAGAUGUAUUUUGUUCUGUUCCUCAAAGAGAACUCCCCUGAGCCAGUGUUAAUACAUCUACCCGUAAAAGCUUUGUAAGAGGACAAGUGAAACCCCUAACAUCUUACUCACCUGGGGGAAUAAGGUGUCAUGCAGGGCCACCACGUGGAACUGGAUAGCAGUCAGCAGGCAUUUCUGGUCGAGGGUCAGGUGUAUACAUCUGAGAGAUGACUAACCUCAUCACUAUUUAAUACCAAAAUAUACACUUUUAGCUUGAUAACAAUCUUAAGUCUUAGAGAAGAGGGUUGAUUAUGUUCAAUAUAUGAUGUUUACUAAGGCAGGACAUGUAAAUACAGAUGAGAAAGAUGCUCAGUAUUAAAAUGUAAAGGAAUGGACUUCAUGGUUUGACUUUCAAUUCUCUGGCUUUUUUUUUUUUUUUUUUUUUUUUUCUGAGUACUUACUUACCAAGAGUUUAUAUUGGUUUGGCUAGCAGUGCGCUCUCUAACAAGAUGCAAUCUCAUGGAAUACAUCCUUAUGCCAAUUAUGAAUAGAAGUAGUUCAGACGACCAGGCCCUAACUUAAAUAUAGUGCCUUUGGUGGUUAAGGGUGAUCAGGUGAGUGGUUAAAUAGAUCAAGAAAAGGAAAGAAAAAUCCAAGCAGCUUAUUAAAAAACAAGGGCAAAAUAUCAAAACAGUGGGUAGGCAGUAGGAAGAAUGUAUUCUUUGGGUUAUUAACAAUUAGAACAUAAUGUUACAAUGUGAGCAGAGGCUUGUGAGUCGAGGAAGGAAAGAUAAGUUAUAAACAAGUGCAUAAAGAAAUAGGAGAAUUAUGCCUCAUGGUGUGUGUAUAUAAACUUGUGGGAAAUGUUUAGAACCUUACAGUGGAAGUUCUACUUAAAGUGUUGUGAUUUAAUAUAUUAUGAAUUACAUCAUAUGACUCUUAAGACAUACAUUGCAGAAAGGACCAUUUUCAGAGAUUAUUAUUUAGAAACAAACAUGUCAUAUGCACUUACAAGAAAUAAUUUUGUCUUCUUAAUUUACUGUACUAUGAAUACAUUGAACACGGGUUUUUAAAGGGACAAUGUAGCUGUUUCCAAACAUGUUUUAUGAAAACAUUUGCAUUUUACUGCCAGUUUUUUGUUCUUUUCCUCAGAGAGAACUCCCGGUGGCCAAUGUUAGUAAAUUCACCUUUCUAAUUCAGGAACUUGAAAAACAGAAUAAUGUAAUGGGGUCUAAUGGUGUUUACAUUCAACACAGUAUUGGUAAAAGAAAAAGAAGGACACUUAUAUUGCAUAAUAAGGUACUCAAUAAUGCUUUGUAUUUCUAUUAACAAAGCUAAUUUAUUUCUUCUUAGGAAUGAUGCAGUUCCAAAGUAAAGAUUUGAUGUCAUCCUAAUGAGUCUGCUUUCAGUUGUAGAGUACAGUAAAGCCCUAGUAGAGUAGUAAGAAAUCUAUUUUACUGGAGAUAAUAAAUCUGACAAGGAAGCUCUCAGCAUAGAUUGAAGUUGAUUUGGCAUAGAGUUGCUUUAUAAAUAGCCCUUUGAGCAAACUCUACAGUUCUGUAUGUGGUUUUAAAUCCCUGUAAAUUUGUAGGCAGGUACAUAUUACAAUUGUCUGUUUUUCUUUUUAGGGUUCAUGUAAUCAAAGAAGUUUCUUUGUUGUGUGUAUCUUUACAGAACACAACAGGAAUUGAAAAUGAAUCAGAACACUACUGAGCCUGCGGUGGCCACUGAGACCCUGGCUGAGGUACCCGAACAUGUGCUGCGAGGACUUCCGGAGGAAGUGAGGCUUUUCCCUUCUGCUGUUGACAAGACCCGGAUUGGUGUCUGGGCCACUAAACCAAUUUUAAAAGGCAAAAAAUUUGGGCCAUUUGUUGGUGAUAAGAAAAAAAGAUCUCAGGUUAAGAAUAAUGUAUACAUGUGGGAGGUAUAUUACCCAAAUUUGGGAUGGAUGUGCAUUGAUGCCACUGAUCCAGAGAAGGGAAACUGGCUGCGAUAUGUGAAUUGGGCUUGCUCAGGAGAAGAGCAAAAUUUAUUCCCACUGGAAAUCAACAGAGCCAUUUACUAUAAAACUUUAAAGGUGGUAUGGUGUCACGGUCAGGAGUGGGGACUCUGGAGCAGACUGUCUUGUGAGCAAAUUUUGGCUUCUAGAUAUGUGACCAUGCGAAGGAUCUCUCUGUGUCUUAGUUUUCUCAUCCAUAAAAUGGAGCCAAUCGCGCCGGGCGAGGAGCUCCUGGUCUGGUACAAUGGGGAAGACAACCCUGAGAUAGCAGCUGCGAUUGAGGAAGAGCGAGCCAGCGCCCGGAGCAAGCGGAGCUCCCCCAAGAGCCGGAAAGGGAAGAAAAAAUCCCAGGAAAAUAAAAACAAAGGAAACAAAAUCCAAGACAUACAACUGAAGACAAGUGAGCCAGAUUUCACCUCUGCAAAUAUGAGAGAUUCUGCAGAAGGUCCUAAAGAAGACGAAGAGAAGCCUUCAGCGUCAGCACUUGAGCAGCCGGCCACCCUCCAGGAGGUGGCCAGUCAGGAGGUUCCUCCAGAACUAGCAACCCCUGCCCCUGCCUGGGAGCCACAGCCAGAACCAGACGAGCAAUUAGAAGCAGCAGAUUGUGAGGUGAAUGAUUUGGGGGAAGAGGAGGAGGAGGAAGAGGAGGAGGAUGAAGAAGAAGAAGAAGAUGAUGAAUUGGAAGAAGAGGGGGAAGAAGAAGCCAGCAUGCCAAAUGAAAGUUCUGUGAAAGAGCCAGAAAUACGGUGUGAUGAGAAGCCAGAAGAUUUAUUAGAGGAACCAAAAACAACUUCAGAAGAAACUCUUGAAGACUUCUCAGAGGUAACACCUGCCAUGCAAAUCCCCAGAACUAAAGAAGAGGCCAAUGGUGAUGUAUUUGAAACGUUUAUGUUUCCAUGUCAGCAUUGUGAAAGGAAGUUUACAACCAAACAGGGGCUUGAGCGUCACAUGCAUAUCCAUAUAUCCACCGUCAAUCAUGCUUUCAAAUGUAAGUACUGUGGGAAAGCCUUUGGCACACAGAUUAACCGGCGGCGGCAUGAGCGGCGCCACGAAGCAGGGUUAAAGCGGAAACCCAGCCAAACACUACAGCCGUCAGAGGACCUGGCUGAUGGCAAAGCAUCUGGAGAAAACGUUGCUUCAAAAGAUGAAUUGAGUCCUCCUAGUCUUGGGCCAGACUGUCUGAUCAUGAAUUCAGAGAAGGCUUCCCAAGACACAGUAAAUUCUUCUGUUGUAGAAGAGAAUGGGGAAGUUAAAGAACUUCAUCCGUGCAAAUAUUGUAAAAAGGUUUUUGGAACUCAUACUAAUAUGAGACGGCAUCAGCGUAGAGUUCACGAACGCCAUCUGAUUCCCAAAGGUGUACGGCGAAAAGGAGGCCUUGAAGAACUCCAGCCUCCAGCAGAACAGGCCCAGGCCACCCAGAACGUCUAUGUACCAAGCACAGAGCCAGAGGAGGAAGGGGAAGCAGAUGACGUGUACAUCAUGGACAUUUCUAGCAAUAUCUCUGAAAACUUAAAUUACUAUAUUGAUGGUAAAAUUCAAACUAAUAACAACACUAGUAACUGUGAUGUGAUUGAGAUGGAGUCUGCUUCGGCAGAUUUGUAUGGUAUAAAUUGUCUGCUUACUCCAGUUACGGUGGAAAUUACUCAAAAUAUAAAGACCACACAGGUCCCUGUAACAGAAGAUCUUCCUAAAGAGCCUUCGGGCAGCACAAAUAGUGAGGCCAAGAAACGGAGAACGGCGAGCCCGCCUGCACUGCCCAAAAUUAAGGCCGAAACAGAUUCUGACCCCAUGGCCCCCUCCUGCUCCUUAAGUCUUCCUCUUAGCAUAUCAACAACGGAGGCAGUGUCUUUCCAUAAAGAGAAAAGUGUUUAUUUGUCAUCAAAGCUCAAGCAGCUUCUUCAAACCCAAGAUAAACUAACUCCUCCUGCAGGGAUUUCAGCAACUGAAAUAGCUAAAUUAGGUCCUGUUUGUGUGUCUGCUCCUGCAUCAAUGUUGCCUGUGACCUCAAGUAGGUUUAAGAGGCGGACCAGCUCUCCUCCCAGUUCUCCACAGCACAGUCCUGCCCUUCGAGACUUUGGAAAGCCAAGUGAUGGGAAAACAGCAUGGACCGAUGCAGUGCUGACUUCCAAAAAAUCCAAAUUAGAAAGUCAUAGCGACUCACCAGCAUGGAGUUUGUCUGGGAGAGAUGAGAGAGAAACUGUGAGCCCUCCAUGCUUUGAUGAAUAUAAAAUGUCUAAAGAGUGGACAGCCAGUUCUGCUUUUAGCAGUGUGUGCAACCAGCAGCCACUGGAUUUAUCCAGCGGUGUCAAACAGAAGACUGAGGGUACAGGCAAGACUCCAGUCCAGUGGGAAUCUGUCUUAGAUCUCAGUGUGCAUAAAAAGCCUUGUAGUGACUCUGAAGGCAAGGAAUUCAAAGAGAAUCAUUCAGUGCAGCCUACGUGUAGUGCUGUAAAGAAAAGGAAACCAACCACCUGCAUGCUGCAGAAGGUUCUUCUCAAUGAAUAUAAUGGCAUUGAUUUACCUGUAGAAAACCCUGCAGAUGUGACCAGGAGCCCAAGUCCUUGUAAAUCCCUAGAAGCUCAGCCAGAUCCUGACCUCGGUCCGGACUCUGGUUUCCCUGCCCCUACUGUUGAGUCCCUACCUGAUGUUUGUCCUUCAUCACCUGCCCUGCAGACACCCUCCCUUUCAUCCGGUCAGCUGCCUCCUCUCUUGAUCCCCACAGAUCCCUCUUCUCCUCCACCCUGUCCCCCGAUAUUAACUGUUGCCACUCCGCCCCCUCCCCUCCUUCCUACUGUACCUCUUCCAGCUCCCUCUUCCAGUGCAUCUCCACAUCCAUGCCCUUCUCCACUCUCAAAUGCCACCGCACAGUCCCCACUUCCAAUUCUGUCCCCAACAGUGUCCCCCUCACCCUCUCCCAUUCCUCCUGUGGAGUCCCUGAUGUCUGCCGCCUCACCCGGACCUCCAACACUUUCUUCUUCCUCCUCUUCAUCUUCCUCCUCCUCUUCAUUUUCUUCUUCAUCUUCCUCCUCUUCUCCUUCUCCACCUCCUCUCUCCGCGAUCUCAUCUGUUGUUUCCUCUGGUGAUAAUCUGGAGGCUUCUCUCCCCAUGAUGUCUUUCAAGCAGGAGGAAUUGGAGAAUGAAGGUCUGAAACCCAGGGAAGAGCCCCAGUCUGCUGCUGAACAGGAUGUUGUUCAGGAAACAUUCAACAAAAACUUUGUUUGCAACGUCUGUGAAUCACCUUUUCUUUCCAUUAAAGAUCUAACCAAACAUUUAUCUAUUCAUGCUGAAGACUGGCCCUUCAAAUGUGAAUUUUGUGUGCAGCUUUUUAAGGAUAAAACGGACUUGUCAGAACAUCGCUUUUUGCUUCAUGGAGUUGGGAAUAUCUUUGUGUGUUCUGUUUGUAAAAAAGAAUUUGCUUUUUUGUGCAAUUUGCAGCAGCACCAGCGAGAUCUCCACCCAGAUAAGGUGUGCACACAUCACCAGUUUGAAAGCGGGACUCUGAGGCCCCAGAACUUUACAGAUCCCAGCAAGGCCCAUGUAGAGCAUAUGCAGAGCUUGCCGGAAGAUCCCUUAGAAACUUCGAAAGAAGAAGAGGAGUUAAACGAUUCCUCUGAAGAGCUUUACACGACUAUAAAAAUAAUGGCUUCUGGAAUAAAGACAAAAGAUCCAGAUGUUCGAUUAGGCCUCAAUCAGCAUUACCCAAGCUUUAAACCACCUCCAUUUCAGUACCAUCACCGUAACCCCAUGGGGAUUGGUGUGACAGCCACAAAUUUCACUACACACAAUAUUCCACAGACUUUUACUACUGCCAUUCGCUGCACCAAGUGUGGAAAAGGUGUCGACAACAUGCCGGAGUUGCACAAACAUAUCCUGGCGUGCGCUUCUGCAAGUGACAAGAAGAGGUACACGCCUAAGAAGAACCCAGUACCAUUAAAACAAACUGUGCAACCCAAAAAUGGCGUGGUGGUUUUAGAUAACUCUGGGAAAAAUGCCUUCCGACGAAUGGGACAGCCCAAAAGGCUAAACUUUAGUGUUGAGCUCAGCAAAAUGUCGUCGAGUAAGCUCAAAUUAAAUGCAUUGAAGAAAAAAAAUCAGCUUGUACAGAAAGCAAUUCUUCAGAAAAACAAAUCUGCAAAGCAGAAGGCUGACUUGAAAAAUGCUUGUGAGUCAUCCUCUCACAUCUGCCCUUACUGUAACCGAGAGUUCACUUACAUUGGAAGCCUGAAUAAACACGCCGCUUUCAGCUGUCCCAAGAAACCCCUUUCCCCUCCCAAAAAAAAAGUUUCUCAUUCAUCUAAGAAAGGUGGACACUCAUCACCUGCAAGUAGUGACAAAAACAGCAACAGCAACCACCGCAGACGGACAGCGGAUGCGGAGAUUAAAAUGCAAAGCAUGCAGACUCCAUUGGGCAAGACCAGAGCCCGCAGCUCAGGCCCCACCCAAGUCCCGCUCCCCUCCUCAUCCUUCAGGUCCAAGCAGAACGUCAAGUUUGCAGCUUCGGUGAAAUCCAAAAAACCAAGCUCCUCCUCUUUAAGGAACUCCAGCCCGAUAAGAAUGGCCAAAAUAACUCAUGUUGAGGGGAAGAAACCUAAAGCUGUGGCCAAAAGUCAUUCUGCUCAGCUUUCCAGCAAAACGUCGCGGAGCCUGCACGUGAGGGUACAGAAAAGCAAAGCCGUUUUACAAAGCAAAUCCACCUUGGCGAGUAAGAGAAGAACAGACCGGUUCAACAUAAAAUCUAGAGAGCGGAGCGGGGGGCCGGUCACCCGAAGCCUUCAGCUGGCGGCUGCUGCUGACUUGAGUGAGAACAAGAGAGAGGACGGCAGCGCCAAGCAGGAGCUGAAGGACUUCAGCUACAGCCUCCGCCUGGCAUCCCGAUGCUCUCCACCAGCGGCCCCGUACAUCACCAGGCAGUGUAGGAAGGUCAAAGCCCCGGCUGCAGCCCAGUUCCAGGGACCAUUCUUCAAAGAGUAGACACUCUGCCUGCUCCCUGACAGCACCUGAAGUGACCUGGAAUCAGUGAAGCCAAAGGGACUGGCAGUCUGCCCUGCAGGGAGUACCGACCUAUCCCAGUUGUGUGAGCCUGCGAGAGAAAGGGAGUGCAUGUGCGUGCGUGCAUGUGUGCGUGCAUGCAUGUGUGCGUGCGUGUGUGUUCAGGGGUUCUCGUGCGGGUGCGCGAGUGGUCUUCAAACAAGGGUCCUGAACCCCGAGGCGGCAGGAAGGCGGCCGACUCCACGCUGUCCUUUGGGAUGAUACUUGGAUGCAGCUCUUGGGACCGUGUUUUGCAGCUCAGCCUUCCUGUUGGGGUGGGGCCUCUCCUACUAUGCAAUUUUUCAAGAGCUCCUUGACCCUGCUUUUAGCUUCUUGCGUUGUCUUUUGCCAUUAUGGGGACUUUUGUCUGACCCAGGGGUCAGCCUUAGGAAGGCCUUCAGGAGGAGGCCGAGUUCCCCUUCAGCACCACCCCUGUCUCCCCACCUUCCCUCUCCCGCAACAUCUCUGGGAAUCCAUAGCAUAUUGACACGUUGGAGCCAAGCCUGAACAUUCCCCUUGGCCCCGGCACAUGGAAAAUCCCCUUCCUUGCCUAAGGUGUCUUGAGUUUCUGGCUCUUGAGUCAUUUCCAGACUUGAAAUUCUCAUCAGUCCAUUGCUCUUGAGUCUUUGCAGAGAACCUCAAAUCAGGUGCACCUGGGAGAAAGACUUUGUCCCCACUUGCAGAUCUAUUUCCUCCCUUGGGAAGGGCAGGGAACGGGGAUGGUGUAUGGAGGGGAGGGAUCUCCUGUGCCCUUCAUUGCCACACUUGGCGGGACCACGAACACCUUUAGUGUCUGAGCUUCUCAAAUUAGCUGCAAUAGGAAGCAAACAAAUUGGGAAAUGAAAAAAAAAAAAAAAAAAAAAAUGGGAAGAUUAAAAAGCACAGGGGGAAGAAGAGAUUUCGGAGGCCAUCCUGCCAGGGGCGGACGGGGCUGACUCCUGCUGUCUGGAGGACAGUCAGUCCAUGUCUCGGAGAAACGGGUGAGCUGAGCUUGGCGUUCGAACCCAGUUCGGUGAGGUUCUUGGGUUUUGUGCCUUUGGGGCAGACCCCAGACGAGGAUGUCUGAGACCAUUUGGGUGCUGUUUUCUCAGCUCCAAUUUCAAUAGUGAGCUAUCCAACCCACAGUGGGAGGAGGGAGCUCUGAUGAGCACGAUUUGUCACACAAUAAAGGGAUUUUUUUUUCAGGGCUACUAUGGUUGAUCUUGCAACUCUGUAAAUAUGUAUGUAGACACUUUUAAAAGCACGUAUUUAUGUCCCUGACUGUAAAUGCCCCAUUUUUAAAGUUUUAUAACUUGUGUUAUUUAAUGAGUCAGUCAAUCGGCUGCAGUAUGGGGUCUGAUAAGGAUCUAGAAAAAGGGUCUCAUGCGGACCCUCACAUGGGCAGAAAAAUGGUGAUCAUUGGCCGACAUCACAGUUUUCCUGUUUCCCACCCAGCUAAAAACCGUUGUUCGCUUUAAAUUUUCAUAAACUGUAAUCCUUUCACUGGCUCCUACAGUUAACCCUCACAAGCAUGAAGUGCUGUGGCUGUUCCUUAUCCUAAUGAUACGCUUUUGUCCCGUAAAUGUCAACACUCAUGAGCCAUACCCCGGCCUCUCAGUUCUUGAGGGGCUCCCCCUUCAGCAGCGAGGAAAGCUCACAAACCCCAAACCUGGCAAGUCACCUGCAGCCCAUGGUGAGCGCUGGGAAGUGUGGCUGAGGCCUUGGGGUCACUCCUUUUUUGCAUGUGCACAUGUGCUGGUCACCCUUCAAUGCUCCCAGAUGGUCAGGAAAACUGUUCCAAUCCUGAAAAGGGGGGAUGGCUUUGUAAAAGUGGCGUUUCCUGGUCUGUGGUGGUCUUCAAGACGACAGCUCUGUAUCUGCCAUGUGAAGAGAAAUAACAAUAAAAGUGUGAAGAGCGAUUGUGAGGAACAA